AUGGUAGGCAACGCCCUGACCCAACUGCGGCUCCAUACUGACUACGACGCUCAGGCAACCGAUUCCCGUAAGCGCCUUGCGCUCGCAAUCCACGACUUCCUAUCCACAUCGCUCAAAGAUGGCACACUCCAGCCUGAAGACGCAGACAGCAUUGAGAUUGCGCAGAACUGCAUAGCAGAAUGCUUUCAUGUAGAUCCCACCGACCAGGAAGCAAUGAAAGAUGCAGUCGGAGGGCAAAACCUUCUGGCAAUAUACGGCGUGUACGAGAAGCUCAAGGGCAAAGGUCCAGCCGGCGCGUCAAGCAGCGCACAACCAGCAUCAUCGGGUGCCGCGGCAACGACUAGCGGUGGUGAUGGCAAGCCUACAGAAGAGAGCGAGAAGCUUAAAGGACAAGGGAACGCCGCUAUGCAGAAGAAGGACUACCAGACUGCAAUCGACCUCUACACCAAGGCCCUGGAGAUCAGCCCGCUGAACCCUAUCUAUCUAUCCAAUCGCGCAGCGGCAUACUCAGCAAACAGCCAGCACGAAUAUGCGAAGAACGAUGCCGAGCUCGCCACGGCAGCAGAUCCGAAGUACACCAAGGCAUGGUCGAGACUGGGCCUAGCUUGCUUUGCACUUGGCGACGCAAAGUCGAGUAUGGAAGCCUAUCAGAAAGGUAUCGAAGCCGAAGGCAAUGGGGGCAGCGAUGCAAUGAAGAAGGGUUACGAGACUGCCAAGCGAAAGGUAGAGGAGGAAGAAGGACCGGAAGCUGCAGAAGAAGCAGAAGAGGAGCCACAAGAAGCUGCGAGAAGUGGAGCUGGUGCCGGCGGUAUGCCUGACCUUGGUGGUCUGGCGUCGAUGUUGGGUGGUAUGGGUGGCGGUGGAGGAGGCGGAGGAGGAAUGCCGGAUCUGAGCAGUAUUAUGCAGAAUCCCAUGAUGAGGCAGAUGGCGCAGAAUGUUAUGAGUAACCCGGAGAUGAUGAGUAAUUUGAUGAAUAACCCGCAGCUGAGGAAUCUGGCUGGAAGGUUUGGUGGUGGAGGUGGUGGCGGGGGAGAAGCAGGUGCGGGUGGGCAGCAGGGUGGUGGUGGUGGGAUGCCAGACUUGAGUUCUAUGAUGAACGAUCCCGCCAUAGCGGAGAUGGCAAGGAACUUUAUGGGCGGCAUGGGCGGCGGCGGCGCUGGUGGUGCUGGACGUGGCGCUGGUGGACAAUAG